AUGGCAUACCGAAAUGUCUGGCUGGACUGUGAUCCAGGGCACGAUGACGCCACCGCGAUACUGCUGGCAGUCCAUGCUCCAGGAGUGAAACUGUUAGGCAUUUCUACGUCCGCGGUGCUGAAAAACCAACAGGUGCAUGGCAAUGCAAGCGCAGAAAAUACAAACAACAACGCCGCGCGGUGUCUCUACGCCUUUGCUGCUCCGCAGGACAUCAAGAUCUACCCAGGGGCUUCUAAGCCUUUGAUUCGGCCGACGAGACAUGACCCCGAGAUUCACGGCAUUGAUGGACUGGGAGGUGUGGAGGGACUUCCACCAGGCACAUACAAGGCCGUUCAAGAACGGCUGAAGCACCCAGGACGUCCACCAAAGGCCAUCGAUGCCAUUGCUAGGGCGGUCGAGGACACCUGGAAGGACGGCUCGGGUGACAAGGUCACGAUUAUCUCGUCUGGUCCGAUGACCAACAUAGCUCUCUUCGUGAGCGUAUUUCCCGAGCUGUUGAACGGCAUAGAGGAGUUUGUCUUCAUGGGUGGCGGUGUUGGCAUCGGUAAUCGCUCUGCGUCGGCUGAAUUCAACAUAUUGUGCGAUCCUGAAGCAGCUCAGAUUGUGCUCGACGUCCCAGUGAAGAAGACGAUGAUACCUCUCAAUGUCACCCACACAGCGAUUGUGACACAGGAAACCCUUCACAAACUGCUCUCACCCGAUGCCCCAUACUCCCCCAAUGUCGCGCCAGCUAAAGCAUCCACGAAGCUACGCCACAUGCUAUGGACGCUCAUCUGGUACUUCGCAGAGUCAUACAAGUCCACGUUCGGCUUCAUGCACGGCCCACCCCUGCAUGACGCACUCACCAUCGCAUAUGUCUCUAAUCCAGAGAUGUUCAAGUGCAAGAGGUACCGGGUCGAUGUCGAACUAAGCGGGACGCACACUGCGGGCGAGACAGUAGUGGACAUAUGGAGUUAUCAGGCAUGCGACGAUUCAUGGGGGCGUGACGGGAAGAAUUGUAUGGUGGCGGAGUCUCUAGAUGUGGCUGGUUUCUUCCAGCUCUUCCUCGAAUGCGUUUCUCGGUGUGAUGCGGUCUCUCCACUGAACGAAUGA